ACAGAUUGCACUCAUCCAAGAUGGCGUCGUUUUCAGAAAGUGACGCGAAAACCGAAAGACUUAUCGCCGAUACAAGUGAGGGAGAAACAGCACUUGCAGCAGCACAGGAUUAUCAACCUGUGGACGUUCCAAUUCAACAAACAGAACAGUCCAAGGAUGACAAUACUACCCAGAAACAAUCAACAUCAAAAGAAUCGGAAAUUGAACCAGCUACUGAAAAGAAGUCUAUAGCUGAUUCAAGUCAAAUGAAAGGAAGUACCCCUGUGGCAAUUCUUGGCAACAUUGUGGACUACCCAAUCACUCCUGAAAGCUCAGAAGAUGACCAAUUGGAGGUAGAUUCGGUUAGUCUGGUAAACAAGGAGAAAGAAACAGAAGCACAGGCACAAAAUGAAGAAAAUACAUGUGAAGACACUAAACCUGACAGUGUCGAAGGACAACAAUCUAAAGAGGAGUCUGUAGAACAUAGUGUUGAACCAAACCAAGAAACGUCAGUUGCUGAUAAAGUGUCUGAGAGUAUAGAAACAACAGAAACUAGUGAGGAAGUUUCAGCAGGUGAUACUGUGAGUAAAUAUGUUAAUUCUGAUAGUGACAGUCAUGAGGCAGAGCCUGCAAAAGAUGAUAAAUCAGGCUCUAAAGAUGAUUCAGAGAAAGUUUCCGAGAGUACAGAACAAACACCAAGUUGUGAGAAAGAGGAGGAAAAAGAAUCUGAAAUGAAGGCUUCAAGUGUACAUGGUGACAAUGAAGUUGAUGAUCUUGAAGAAGUUUUACUGGUUGAGGAGCCAGUGGAAAGACGGAAAGCUGGACCAGAGCUGGAAACUGAAACAGCAGUAGACGAUGCAGAGACAGCUUCUCAAGGUAGUGCAGAGUUUCAACCCCAAAUAGAUGAGAAAACUGAAUCAGAAGUAAUGGAUGACAGCAAGAAUGAGGUGUCUUUAGUUCCCGAAAGUGAAGGUAAAUCUGACAUCGACAAAGAAACUCUUCUGGACACCAAGCCUGAGUGUAUGGAUGUGGAUGGUGAUGAAUCCAACCAGGAUGUAACCAUGGAAACAGAAGCUGUGGCAGCUCCAGCAGCAGGAACUGAUGCAGAGGAUGGAGACUCUCUGUUACCUGACACAGAUGGGGAGGUAAAGAGACCAGUGUCAAAGCCAAGUAGCUUUCCUAUUACUGAAGCCUUCCUGGACGAAAACAGUCUCAGUCUUGACUGUGUGUUGGCCAUCAGUAGCACGGUGCCUGAGGGGGAGACUUCUGUGGACAUUUCACUGGGGGGGAGCAUCAAUGCAUACAGUAAGGAUAGUAAGGACUGUCCCACCCCGGCCAAGAGAUCACGCCCAGGCAGUGUGAUGAGUGGGGUAGAGCCAGAUCCAGACUUGGAUGAUGAUGGCAACUUCCCAGCUGAGAGCUUGUUUGAGUACCAAUGGCCGUUGGACGGUGGAGAGUGGUAUAUGCUCCAGGAACAGAUCAGUGAAUACCUCCAGAUCAAGUCUUUCAAGAGGAAAUAUCCAGACCUGUAUCGCCGAACAUGUGACAAGAAUGAGAAAGACUUUCUGCGAGAGCGGGGUGUAGUGAGUGAAACACAGUCUGACUUGGGUUUGACAGCUCUGAGGAGUGAGGAAGUGUAUGACUUAAUGCACAAAGAUUAUUCUGAGAAGUACCGAGAGUAUGCCCAUGUUCUGCAUGAGAAGGAGAGACAGACUAUCAACAACAAGCACAAAGAGUAUGAAGUGCCAAAACUAGACAAGGGCAAGAUGGGAGCGUACAUCAAGAAGGCAGUGAAGGCCGCAGCUGACUUCAAUGCUCAGUUCCAGCGGGAGAGGCGGGAGGAGAGGAGAGCAUACUUCGAUCUGCAGACUUUUAUGGUGCACUAUCCAGCUGGCAGAUACAAGAAGCUGCCUCCCGAGGCCACCAAGCCCGACGCAUACCCUGUUCCUCUCAUCCCUGGACAGUUCCAGGACUACUACUGCAAAUACACAGCUGAUGAGCUCCGCUACUUACCAAUAAAUACAGCUAAGUUCGACCCUCCCAAGAAAGUGUCCAAUACCCUGGUGAAGCCGUCAAGUGACCCUGACUCGUCCGAGGUGGAGGACAGUACUGAGGAUAAAGUAGGGUCGGCCUCGGAAGCGGACAGUGACGGCGAUGCCAGCAGUGACUCGGAUGGGAGUGAGUCAGAAGCUGAAGAGACCAAGGAGGAACCGCUGGCUGAGCCGCUUCCUGAGGAGAAGUGUCGUAUCUGCAACAGCACGGACCCCCCACCGCCGGAGAAGAAGGUCCCUCGGAGGAAGAAGGUGAAACAGGAGAAGUUGGCAGCUGACGACCAAGAGAUGAUCAAGUGUUCCGAGUGUGGGACUGUUGGACACCCGAGCUGCCUUGACUUGACCAAUGCUAUGGUGUCGGUGAUCCGAACCUACCCCUGGCAGUGCAUGGAGUGUAAGACCUGUGUGGAGUGUAUGGACCCCUAUGAUGAGGAUAAGAUGAUGUUCUGCGACCGAUGUGACCGAGGCUACCACACGUUCUGUGUGGGCCUGAGAUCUAUACCCACUGGCAGAUGGGAGUGCCGGAGCUGCAAGGGAACAGACACACCACGAUCGAGAAAGAGGACGACCACAGCGAAAUGACCAUUUCUUUUGCUCAGCUUUUUACUCAUCUCAAAACAUCAACAUAGAUUUUCUUUUCAUCACAUUGCUUGGCAGCUACAGUAUUUAUGAACAAUGAAAUAAAUUCUUUUAUUGAACAAUGA